CUCAGCGACGUGCGGCUUCUUCCUCCCCUCACCUUCCUUUCCGUUUCCCGUGACGUCACCAGCCACCACCACUCCGCCAAAGCCGCCUCCCUCUGGCCUCACCACAGCGCGCGUCCCAAGGCGGAGGAGAGGCGGGGGCAAUGGCGGUGGUGGGCGUCCUCGCGCUGCAGGGCUCCUACAACGAGCACAUGGCCGCGCUGAGGAGGAUCGGGGUGAGGGGGGUGGAGGUGCGCAAGCCGGAGCAGCUCCUCGGCAUCGACUCGCUCAUCAUCCCCGGCGGCGAGAGCACCACCAUGGCCAAGCUCGCCAACUACCACAACCUGUUUCCUGCACUUCGAGAGUUUGUGGGUGGAGGAAAGCCUGUCUGGGGAACCUGUGCUGGGCUCAUCUUUCUUGCAAAAAAAGCAGUAGGGCAAAAAACAGGAGGCCAGGAACUUGUUGGAGGAUUAGAUUGUACUGUACACCGUAACUUUUUUGGGAGCCAGCUUCAAAGCUUCGAGACAGAGCUUUCUGUGCCAAAGCUUGCGGAGAAGGAAGGAGGGAAUGAUACAUGCCGCGGUGUAUUUAUUCGUGCACCUGCCAUAUUGGAAGUAGGUUCAGAUGUUGAAAUAUUGGCUGAUUGCCCUGUUCCCACCGACAGACCCAGCAUCACAAUAUCAUCUGGGGAGGGUGCUGAGGAAGUAGUGUAUUCCAAAGAUCGAGUGAUUGUUGCAGUACGGCAAGGGAACAUCCUUGCCACCGCUUUCCACCCAGAAUUGACAUCAGACUCUAGAUGGCAUCGCUUCUUCUUGGACAUGGAUAAAGAAUCUCAUGCGAAGGCCUUCUCUGCGCUAUCGUUAUCGACAUCUUCAAGAGAUGCAGAAGACAUGCCAAAGAAUAAGCCUCUUGAUCUGCCCAUUUUUGAGUAACACUAGAAAGAAGACGGCCAGAACAUUUGAAUGAAAGAAGAUGAAGAAACUGACUAAUUUUUUAAUCGUUCAGUUGGUGACAACAAAAAAACCUGUUAAGCAUCUGUUAUGCUCAGUCAAAAUGUGUCAUUGGUAUCAAAUUGUACCAAUCAAAAUAAUGACGUUGUGUGUUGUACGAAAAUCUUCAGAUACAGCAAAUGGCGUUCUGGAAUUGUAUUCUUGCUGUGCAAAGAAGUUGCUCAUUUGAAUAUAUUUCCCCCUUUUUCUACA